AUGCAUUUCCUCAAGGCAUUGGUAGCUUCCUUGCUACCUUUAGCUGUUCUAGCUGCCAAAAAGCCCGCGGUCGAUAACUUUGAACGAUACCAUACCAAAUCUCUCUCAUCUACCCCAUUGAAGCUCGAUGAUAGUGUCUACAGCAAAUUGACCACUGCACCAAGAGAUUACUCUGUUGCCGUAUUGUUGACAGCUUUAGAAAAUAGAUUUGGUUGCCAGUUAUGUCGUGAAUUUCAACCAGAAUGGGAUCUACUGUCAAAGAGUUGGAUCAAAGGAGACAAGCAAGGAGAAUCUCGCCUGCUCUAUGGAACACUUGACUUCAUGGAUGGCAAAAGCACUUUCCAAUCUCUUAAUCUACAAACUGCUCCCGUCCUUCUACUGUUUUUACCUACAAUUGGCCCUCAUGCCUCUACAAUCAAUGGCCCCGUGAGAUACGACUUUACGAACGGCCCUCAAACUGCUGAACAAGUCCACUCUUGGAUUACUAGACAUCUCACCGAUCGACCACAUCCUCCAGUCCAACGACCCAUCAAUUGGCUCCGUAUUGGCGCAGUUACCACUACUAUUCUAGGAACGGUCACCUUUAUUAGUGUUGCAUGGCCAUAUGUCUUACCCGUCGUUCAAAACCGAAAUGUUUGGGCUGCAAUAAGCUUGAUUGCCAUCCUUUUAUUCACCAGUGGUCAUAUGUUCAACCACAUUCGAAAAGUUCCAUACGUUGCUGGUGACGGACGUGGAGGUGUCAGCUACUUUGCAGGUGGAUUCUCAAAUCAAUAUGGAUUGGAAACACAAAUCAUUGCUGCUAUGUAUGGGCUUUUGUCCUUUGCAACAAUCUCUUUGGCUCUCAAAGUUCCACGUAUCUCAGACCCCAAAAUUCAGCAAGUCGCAGUCCUCGUAUGGAGUGGAGUAAUCUUCGUUAUGUACAGCUUCUUACUUAGCGUUUUCCGUAUCAAGAACGGCGGAUACCCAUUCUGGCUCCCACCUUUCAGCUGAACGGUGUAAUCUACGAGUCUGUUAAGUGACCAAAGAGAUAUCCAUGUAUCAUAUACCGCCCUCCGUGGUCGGUUUCAUAUACUUACUGAAAAGCGAAUCUUACAUUUCCUUGGCCCCAAUGCUUGGCCUCAAAUAAAAAUAUUUUAAGAAUUAAAUAUUUCAUUUUUGUUAGAGCUUUCACCGUGUGAUAGUCAAUACAUGACCAAGUGUUC